GAACACAUGAAUACAGUGUGGACCGAUAAGCCCAGAGAAACUGAAUUUCACUUAAAUGUAUAAACUCCAGUGUUAUCUGAUUUAUAAUAAGUCUAUUUGUUUAUUUAAAUUACACUAACAUUUAAAAUAGUGCAGAGUAGUGUCAUUGAUUUUCUUCCACAAAGUGCAAAACAAAUCAGAUAAUUACAUAAAAACAUUUCAACUUGUCGCUCUUUACAGUGAGAAAGUAAACCAUUUGCCAUUACUUAAUUCACUUCAUCAUUUCUAACUUUGAUCAACCGGCGGAAAUGGACUUCCACAGAUUUCCCUUCGUAAAUUUUGGGGCACCGCGUGCCCGCGCUUCAGGAAACAUUCCGAAACGUGCGCGCGCGCGUCCGUCUUCAUCCCUCUCUCCAGAGCGACGUUCCUCCGCCAACGGGCCAGUACGAUGAUCUGCCUGAUUUUGUCCCUGUUUUCGUACUUUUUUCAGUCAGGCUGGACCGGUGAGAACGAGCGCACCUUUGUGGCCGUCAAACCAGAUGGCGUGCAGCGGAGGCUGGUGGGAGAAAUCCUGCGUCGCUUUGAGAAGAGAGGGUUCAAACUCGUGGGCCUCAAACUAGUGCAGGCGUCGGAGGAUCUUCUGAGGGAACACUACUGGGACCUGAGGAGUAAGCCUUUCUUCAGGGGACUGAUGAGCUACAUGAGCUCGGGACCAAUCGUAGUGAUGGUGUGGGAGGGUUUGGACGUAGUCAAGACGGCACGUAAGAUGUUGGGAGAGACCAACCCUGCUGACUCGCUGCCCGGAACCAUCCGAGGGGAUUUCUGCGUGGAAGUGGGCCGGAACGUGAUCCACGGCAGCGACUCCGUGGCCAGCGCCCAGAAGGAGAUCUCUCUGUGGUUCGGACAGAACGAGCUUCACUGCUGGGAGGACAACAGCCGCCGCUGGAUCUACGACUGACGGCACCGACCGUGUGAUACCGACACUAUAUAUCGAUACAAGAUGGAGCACAUCAUACCUAAGAUGCUUUUUUCUUUGGCUUUAGUGUCUUGUAGCCACACGAUAGAAGAGACCUCAUUGCAAUUGUAUUUUUUUAUCUAUUUGAACUACAUUACAUUUCCGAGGUGAAAUGUGUCUCCAAAGCAAACAUGCACUAAGUGAGCAAUAACUUCAACAGCGACACAGCAGUCUGCUUCUGUUACAGUUUUCCUUGUAGCUUGUGUUUACAAUUUUUUAGCAAUAUGUUUGGAAAGUAGAGCAAUAAAAGCUUGUAAUUCAUAAUGUUCAUCGAGCGAUAACACAUCAGGGAACGGAAACCAAAUGGCUGCAGGGUCAUUUCUACACAAAGCUUUAUCUAUAAAUAUUCAGGUCAUGUGCUAUGCAAAGUAAGUUUUAAGGUACAUAAGAGCCCAAUUGUUUACCACCGUUUUGCACAUACAUUUUCUUUGUCUUGCAAUUGUUAUGGUGAGAAUGUCCACCAACAUAUACGUGUCUCCUGUACUUGUACUUCCAGUGAGACCCCAACAACAUAGGAGCCAUGAACAGCAAUCAACUAACACCAUUAUUGCCUUUCUGCACACGUGUUUCAGUUCCCUGUACUUUUAAAUUUAGAUUCUUUAAGUGUGUAAAACGGAUCACGUCACAUAAGAAUACUUGAAUGUAGAAGUUUUAAAAUGAGAUGCUCAAAUUUAAGAAACUGCACUGCAUUAAGUUUCUAAAAAAAUGCUCGUCGUCACAUUUGUGCUUUUCUAAAAUCCCAUGAUGCAGUUUGAAUUGUAUUGAAAUCGUCAAAAACAAGAAAUCUGGUGAAGAAAUAUUUUUUGUAAUAUGUUGAGUCAGUUAUGUUUGUUUUGUAAAGUAAAACACAAACACAUCA